UACUUCCGGGUUCCAGCAUUCUGGUCCAAACCCACCUCUCCGCCUGUGCAACACACACUUUACACACGCACCGGGAGACUUGCAGCAGGCGGCAUCGAUCGUGGCUCCUUUAAGACAAACUCAGACAGACAUUUUUAACCCUCUUCCUCUAGCCUCUCCCGCUGCAAAGGGGGACAGGGAGCGCGCGAGCGAGAGCUGAUUAGGAAUUAGGACUGAUUCAAGAACCAGCCAGCGCUAAGACCUCCGUGCAUUUGAAUAUUAACAUUGGAGGUGUCCAGAGCACUGGAAGUACACACAGCGGAUCAUCAUCAUUCAUUCACCACCUUGACAACCUCGCCUUUGAUUGACAGCUGGAGUGGCAAAAAGCCAUGAGACUUGGUAGUUGGGUUUGAGGGGCACUUUUUUUUUUUAACCAAAAAAAAAAACUGAUUUGGGGAAAGGAUAUUUGCUUUCUCCCCGCUGCUGUCUUGGAAACGAAAGAGGGAGAGUGAGAGAGAGAAAGAAAGAAAGAGAAGGAGCGCGAGUCUCUCUCUUUUUUUUUAAUGCUGAAUUAUUGUAUCGUUUCUUUGAGAUCCAGUAAGCUGAAGAUUUUCCUCGAUUGCUCAUAUUGCUGGCGACUCUAAGGGAUUUUUGCAUUUUGGGGGGUUUGGGGGAGAGUUUGCGUUUGUUUCUUUUCACACUGGCCUUAAAGAGGAUAUAUUAGAAGUUGAAGUAGGAAGGGAGCAAGCCAGGCCGAUGGCGCAAAGGUACGACGAUUUACCCCAUUACGGUGGGAUGGAUGGAGUAGGGAUCCCCACCACCAUGUAUGGGGAUCCUCACGCCGCCAGAUCCAUGCAGCCUGUUCACCAUCUGAAUCACGGUCCUCCGCUGCAUUCUCAUCAAUACCCGCAUACUGCUCACACCAACGCCAUGCCUCCCAGUAUGGGCUCCUCUGUCAAUGACGCUUUAAAGAGAGAUAAAGAUGCCAUUUAUGGACACCCCCUGUUCCCUCUUUUAGCACUGAUUUUUGAGAAAUGUGAAUUAGCUACAUGCACUCCCCGGGAGCCCGGGGUAGCGGGAGGCGAUGUUUGCUCCUCAGAGUCUUUCAAUGAAGACAUAGCAGUGUUCGCCAAACAGAUCCGAGCAGAAAAACCCCUAUUUUCCUCUAAUCCUGAACUGGAUAACUUGAUGAUUCAAGCCAUACAAGUAUUAAGGUUUCAUCUGUUGGAAUUAGAGAAGGUACACGAAUUAUGUGACAAUUUCUGCCACCGGUAUAUUAGCUGUUUGAAAGGAAAAAUGCCAAUCGAUUUGGUGAUAGACGAUAGAGAAGGCGGAUCAAAAUCAGACAGUGAAGACAUAACAAGAUCAGCAAAUCUAACAGAUCAGCCUUCCUGGAAUAGAGAUCAUGAUGACACAGCAUCCACGCGAUCUGGAGGAACACCAGGGCCCUCCAGUGGGGGGCAUACAUCACACAGUGGCGACAACAGCAGUGAACAAGGUGACGGCUUGGACAACAGUGUAGCUUCCCCCAGCACAGGUGAUGAUGAUGAUCCAGAUAAGGACAAAAAGCGACAUAAAAAGCGUGGCAUCUUUCCCAAAGUAGCCACAAAUAUCAUGAGGGCAUGGCUGUUCCAGCAUCUAACACACCCGUACCCUUCAGAAGAACAGAAAAAGCAGUUGGCACAAGACACAGGGCUCACUAUACUUCAGGUGAACAAUUGGUUUAUUAAUGCUAGAAGAAGAAUAGUUCAGCCCAUGAUAGACCAGUCCAAUCGAGCAGUUAGUCAAGGAACACCUUAUAACCCAGAUGGACAGCCAAUGGGAGGUUUCGUGAUGGAUGGUCAGCAGCAUAUGGGAAUCAGAGCACCAGGGCUGCAAAAUAUGCCAGGGGAUUAUGUGUCUCGGGGUAGUCCAAUGGGUAUGAAUAUGGGACAGCCAAGUUAUACCCCGCCCCAGAUGCCCCCACAUCCUGCUCAGCUGCGUCAUGGGCCCCCCAUGCAUACCUACAUUCCUGGACACCCUCACCACCCAGCAAUGAUGAUGCAUGGAGGACCACCCCACCCUGGAAUGCCAAUGUCAGCAUCUAGCCCCACAAUGCUUAAUACAGGAGACCCAGCAAUGAGUGGACAAGUGAUGGACAUUCAUGCUCAGUAGCUUAAGGGAAUAUGCAUUGUCUGCAACGAUGACAGACUUCAAAUAUUGUCUUUCUGCAAUGACUAUGGAGUUCCAUUCUUGGCAUCUACUUUGGACCAAGGAACAAUCCUAUUCUUCCGAGGGACCCUGGAAAGCAGGAAACACCAUCUGAAGUCAACUUCUGGGGACACGCUAAAUAACGAUCUAAGACACGAAGAGAACAAAGAGUGAAAUAUUGUAAAAUGCUAUUAUACUGUUAUCCAUAUUACGUUGUUUCUUAUAGAUUUUUUUAAAAAAAUGUGAAAUUUUUCCACACUAUGUGUGUUGUUUCCAUAGCUCUUCACUUCCUCCAGAAGCCUCCUUAUGUUAAAAAGCCUUACAGUUAUCCUGCAAAUGACAGAAAGGGCUUAUUUGCAGGAUUUUUAGAGCAUUAAAAUAACUAUGUCAGGCAGAAGAAUCUUUCUUCUAUCCUAGGAUUUCAGCCAUGCACACACACACACACUCUCUCUCUCUCUCUCUCUCUCCCUCUCUCUAGCCUGGGGCGUGAAUUUGCAUGUCUAAUUCAUUUACUCACCAUAUUUGAAUUGG